AGGCUAAUAUCUGUCACUAACACUGCACCAUACUUUCCAGCACUCUCACUGAUGUUGGUGUAAACAGCCCACCUUACUUGUGGUCUGACUGGAACAUCCUGGGUUUGGCACAUGCAGUCCCUGCAAAUGUUGCAGAGGCAGGUCACAUGACUGCUCUCUAUAAAAACUACAUGUGUCAGAGGCCCAGCACACACCAUGUCAGGCAGCAACUUUAACAUGUUGUUGUGACCCACAGUUUCUAUCACCACACCAGUUCCAUUGAUAGCUGAACUACUGGAAUAUGAACGAUGUCAAGAGCUUCGAGAGUUAUCAAGACGACGUUACCUUUCUCAAAACAUGCCUUUAUUUCAUCAACAAAGAGAUGGACAUUGAACUAAUGGCCAAGCAAGAAGGCAAAACAAUGCUGCAGUACUUGAAACACAUGGACAAUGGCAAUCAGGCAAGAGUAGUGUUUCCCCAAGGGAUGAGUGUGGUGCAGGAAUAUAGAGAAGGGGCAAAGACCGGGGACAGCGUUCUGUACUUUGUGGGAUUCAUUGGCGAGAAGCUGGACACUGUGGAUGAGCACGUUGUACAACAGAUCUGGCAGAUGGAUGCUGUGCUUGUAGCUGAGUUGAACAGCCAGGAAGACAUCUUGGUCUAUUGCAGUGCAGAGAGAAGUCCUGGGGGUAACUGGGGGAACCUGGUGUUGUUACGACACCCCCGGGCCAUACAGAAAUGGAAUCAACUCAAGAUUCACGACCAUGCUAUAAGGGAUAUAUCUCCUGCCUACUACACGUCUAUAAGGAUACAUCGAGGAGUGCUGCCCCAGGGACUCGCCUCAGACAGGUUCACUAUAGAGAGGACGCUGUUCCUCAACUACGACAACAUUAAUCGAAGAGUACAACGUCGUCACAUCGAGACGUGGCAGUCAACGCUCACAGAUACAGCAACGUCGACCCGUUAUGCUUAAUAAUGUUACAUAUUUUUAAGCGCUCUCAUUAAAUUGCGAUCUUUGUCAGACAGAUGCAA